AUGAAGUACAUCAUCAGCAUCGGCGGUGUGACCAAUGGAGGGAAUACCAGCCUUAACAACCGCCUGAUCAAGAACCUGCCCAACUGCUGCAUGGUACAUCAGGAUGACUUUUUCAAGCCCCAACAUGGCUUUAAGCAGUACAAUGUCAUCACUGCUCUGGACAUGGACGCCGUGAUGAGUAGGAUCUACGCAUGGCUGGAGAACCCGGUGAAGUUUGAGAAGUCUCAUGGCGUUAAUAACACCCUGGACACAGAGAUGGUCCUGAAGUCCGUCCACAAGGAGGAGGAGGAGACUCACAUCGUCAUUGUGGAGGGCUUCCUGCUUCACACCUACAGGCCUUUGAUGGACGUGCUAAACCAACGUCAUUUUAUUUCCAUCCCAUAUGAAGAAUGCAAAAAGAAGAGGUGUCAUGAUGAUGUCACGGUCUUAUCGAAGCAGCUGAUUGGCUCCUGA